AUGAACGACGAGCCUACCCCACAAGAUGCACACUCCAUCGCUCGAACCGAUCGCCUCUACAGAGUGCACGCUGCUAUCCUGUUUCUAUUCUACUCAACUCUGUGGUGCAUCAAGUUCUCUUUCCUCUUCUUUUUCCGACGCGUCUACCUCAACCUCGGCGAGCUGUUGCGGCUCUGGUGGGCGAUUUUCAUAUUCACGGUGAUGGCUUGGGUGGCUUGUGUGGGAACGAUUGAUUACCGCUGCCUCAGGAAUGGCCCGUGGCAUCAUCAGCUGGAAUACUGUCACUCCAUCAAGUCUUACAACCUCAAAUUUGGCAACAUGAUAUCCAGCUGUGUCCUGGACAUUGCGACGGACAUGAUGAUCAUUUGCAUUCCGAUCAGCAUGCUUCGGAAGCUCCGCACCAGCGGCAAGCGUAAAGCAGGCCUGGCGGCCGUUUUCUGCUGCACGGUCAUUACCAUGGUCAUUGCCAUCGUACGUAUUGGUGUGGUGUCUCCGUGGAUAUUCCAGGCAGACUUGACCUGGUGUUACCUGUGGAGUGUUAUUGAAAUAUGCGCUGAUCUCAUUGUCGCAUCUCUGGCAUCUUUCCGCGGCCUUUUCCUAAAACAGGAUGCCGCAACGAGCGCGCCUCCACAGCCCGGAACAGCGGGGCCGAGGGCUGUGAGGCGCCGCCGCCCGUUGAUGCGGAACAUAGCCAAUAUGUUCACCACGACUCCAGAUUCGGCCCGGACCAGGACUGGGAACGAUACUUUGGACGGGAUAAUCGACCUGUACGGAACUCAGAAUAGGACUCAGAACAAUGCGGGCGAUUUGGAGUUAGCUCCUGUUGAAGCCAGACAGUAA